AUGAAGCUCCUUUCGGUGGUUGGUUCUUUGCUGUGUGCUUCUACAGCUCUUGCUGGAAGCUCGCCACACAAGCGUGGUGUGUUUGAGAAGGUCAGGCCUGCUGUCGAGAGGCGUAUGCCGGGAGAGGCUUUCAAGCAUCCCGAGAUCCAGAGGCGUGCCGAGAGCUUCUUCUUGACCAACAAGACUGAGUCCUUCGCCGUCAACGGUACUGGUAUCCCAGAGGUUCCUUUCGACAUUGGCGAGAGCUACGCUGGUCUGCUGCCCAUCUCGGAUGAUCCGGAGGAGACGCGAAAGCUCUUCUUCUGGUUCUUCCCUUCCACUCAGGCUCAGACCCCCGAGGAAGUUGUCAUCUGGCUCAACGGUGGCCCAGGAUGCUCUUCGCUCAGCGGUUUCCUUACGGAGAACGGCCCGUUCACCUGGGAAUCUGGCACCCUCGCCCCAGUCCAGAACCCUUACUCAUGGACCAACCUCACCAACAUGCUCUGGGUUGAGCAGCCCGUAGGUGUUGGAUACUCGCAAGGUACUCCCAACAUCACCGACGAGGUUGAGCUUGGCAAUCAGUUCCGUGGUUUCUACAAGAGCUUCGUUGAUCUCUUCGGACUCUACAACUGGAAGACCUAUAUCACCGGAGAGUCAUACGCUGGUUACUACGUCCCCUACAUUGCCGACAGCUUCAUCACUGCCGACGAUGACAAGUACUUCAACCUUGCCGGUAUCUCCAUCAACGACCCCAUCAUUGGUGACGAGACCAUCCAGCAGCAGGUUGUCCUCCUCCCAUUCGUAAACUUCUGGCAGAACCUGCUCUUCCUGAACGACACGUUCAUGGAGCAGAUCACCCAGCACCACAAGGAGUGCGGUUACACCGACUACAUGGACAAGUACUUCACCUUCCCCCCACCACAGGGCGCUUUCCCCGUCCUCCCCGACCCGUACAGCUCGGAGAACUACACGUGCGACCAGUUCGACAACUUCUACUCCGCUAUCCUCGAGGUGAACCCCUGCUUCAACAUCUACCACAUCACCGAGACAUGCCCGCACCCAUACUCCCAGCUCGGCAUAGUCAACACCGGCGACUACUCGCCCCCAGGCGCCGAGAUCUACUUCAACCGCACCGACGUCAAGAUGGCACUCCACGCCAACGUCAGCACCGAGUGGCUCCAGUGCACCAACACCAACGUCUUCGGCAACGGCGACGACGAAGGUUCCGACCAAUCCCCCGGCCCCGCCAACAACGGCGUCCUCCAGCGCGUCAUCGAGUACACCAACAACACCAUCAUCGGCUCCGGCGACCUCGACAUGCUCCUCAGCACUAACGGAACUCUCUUCGCUAUCCAGAACAUGACCUGGAACGGCGCCCAGGGUCUUUCUGAGUACCCCACCACCCCUCUGUACGCUCCUUACCACCCUGAGUACAACGGCGGUGCGCUUGCGGGUGCUGGUUACCAGGGCUACUGGACCGCCGAGCGCGGUAUGAUGUUCUACACUGCCCGUCUUGCUGGUCACGAGCUGCCUGGUUACACGCCUGGUGUUGCGUACCGCAUGUUGGAGAUUCUCCUCGGACACAUCAAGGACUUCAGCAGCACUGAGAACUUUGUUACGCAGACUGGUAACUUCACUGGUACUGGAACGAUUUACAGGAGGGGUCUUGGUAUGGACAGCAUGCAGUUUUAG